AUGCCCGCCUUCCCUGGUCUCUACGUCGCCUGCAACUCGGUGAGCGACCGCUGGCCUGUACCACAAGGCAGCGCCUUUGCCUCGCCCUUCUGCGCGUUUGUAGCGCAGUGGGCACAUAAGGUUGAGCGCUUCGACGAGACGUUUCGCAUCACGGUGACCGACGCGCAAGGGACAGAGUUUUCUCGGCUGCUCCUGCUGUGCACAAACGUCAAGGCAGUCACUCUCUAUAACGACAACGGCGCAGACCUUCGGACGAUCUUGAAGGCGCCCUACCGCAUCUCGGAGCUCCAUCUCAUCGACUUUGACGACAGCAAUUCAGGGACGCGCGACGACUGGGCUGUGCCCGUCAUGCAGUGGCUGGCACUCGAUCGCGCCUUUCGUCUCGGCUUGUCGGGCUGCAAAUCGCACCACGAUGCGGAUGUCGCACGCGCCAUUGCGUCCGCACCAGCGCUUUCGACCCUCCACUUGAACGACUGCGACGUUAUUUGUGCUGGCUUGGUGGCGAACGCGCUGCCGUUGUGCCACGUCACAGAGCUCGUUCUGGAUGCGACGUUGGAGCGCCUUGCACCCUUGCUUGAUAUCUCGAAGCUCACAACACUCGAGCUCUGCGGCGACGGCAACGAGCUGCUCGCGUGCUCGCUUGGUGCACUGCAGACCUGCUCCGCACUGGAACAUCUCUCGCUUGAUCAUGUGGCGGUAUACGGACCUGCGCUCCGCACACGGGAAUUCGACGCCAAGCUUCGCUCCGUGCGCGUUGUCAGUUCGGACUUGGAUGCCUCCAUUUUCGAAACGACGCUCGACUGA